AUGGCGUCUCCUCAACGCAACUAUCUGGAUCAGUAUGAAAAUCCAUACUAUCUUCACAGCUCAGACCACGCAGGACUCGUCUUAGUCUCCGAUCGUCUCACCUCUGGCUCGGAGUUCCAUUCAUGGCGUCGCUCGGUUCGGAUGGCUCUCAACGUCCGUAAUAAGCUUGGAUUCAUUGACGGCACCAUCCCUAAACCUCUUGAUGAUCAUCGCGAUGCUGGAUCGUGGUCUCGUUGCAACGAUAUGGUCGCUACUUGGCUAUUGAACUCCGUCUCCAAGCAAAUCGGUCAGAGUCUUCUCUUUAUGUCCACUGCUGAGUCGAUUUGGAAGAAUAUUCUCUCUCGUUUUAAACAAGAUGAUGCUCCAAGAGUCUAUGAAAUCGAACAACAGUUGAGUCGUUUACAGCAAGGUUCGUUGGAUGUGAGUGCUUACUAUACGUCUUUGGUGACUCUUUGGGAAGAGCACAAGAACUAUGUGGAUCUCCCAGUGUGUACUUGUGGCAAGUGUGAAUGUAAUGCAGCUCAACUUUGGGAGCGUCUCCAACAACGUAGUCGUGUUACUAAAUUCUUGAUGGGGCUCAAUGAGUCUUUUGAACCGACUCGUCGUCAUAUUCUGAUGCUUAAACCGAUCCCCUGCAUUGAAGAUGUCUUCAAUCUUGUAGCUCAGGAUGAGAGACAGAAGUCUAUUAAACCGACUACUACUCCAGCAACGGUUGUCUUUCAGACUUCUGGUCCUCCUGCAGCUCCUAAUGACGCUUCUCUUGAUCAUAAUGCUUUCGCUGCAGCUCAUUCACACUCAGGCUAUCGUCCUAAACAACGGCCACAGUGUACUUAUUGUGGACAACUUGGACAUAUCGUUGGUAAAUGCUUCAAACUUCAUGGCUAUCCUCCAGGACAUAGGAAUUAUCGGCCCUCUGUUCCUACUCAGGCUCCGGGUACUGAUUAUGCUCCAAGAGGUCACCAGCCGCUUCACCAACGUCCACCUCCACAAUCUCAACCGUCUCAUGCACAGCAUAACCAACAAACAAAUGCUGUGGCUCAUGUAACUGCUGGUGUUGCUAACUCGGUUCCUGCUACAGGACAACUGGACAACACUCAGAUUCAGCAUCUUAUCCAACAGUUACAAGCUUAUGUGAAUCCUUCUACGUCUGCUCAACCUCAACAGUUGUCUACUGUAAAUGAGAAAGGUUACAUGGCCCCUCAAUCUACGUCUGUCUCUCUCCCAAAUGGAAUCACUGAAAACAUAUCUCAUAUAGGAACUGUGCAUCUUUCAUCUGCACUUGUUUUGCAUAACGUGUUACAUGAGUCUACUCAGGACUCGAUGAUUGGUAGAGGAUCUCUGCUUCACAACCUUUAUAUUCUCUGUUUUACAAUGGAACGGUUGGGAGUUAAGGUUAAGGAACCGUUAUCUAAUGAUAUUCUUGGAUACCGUUUACUCGGGAUGCCUCCUCCUUCAUCCGGUGGUGCUGCAAUGGUCCUUGUGUUUCGGGCUCUCUCGGUGUUCACCGAUUAG